UUGAACAUAACCUUUUCGGAUAUAAGCACCAAAUUUCAAUGUCAAAAAAUUAAAAGUGAAAAACAAGAACCAUGAAGCUUCAUUUCGACUCCAAACUGUGCCAAUAUCCGAGAACUUUUUUCUCGUUCAUCCUAAAUUUUCUAUUGUGGAAAUAUAACUUUGCAACAAAAAUGUGUACCAAUUGUCCGUUCUACAAACAUUCGGUCAUUUUUGCAGCUUUGUAUUUGCUCGUAGAAUUGGCUUUGUCGUCAUAUGACUUGAUUCAGCUGAUGCUAACGCCACCUGAUUCGCCAGAAUGCUCCGCUCAUGAAUGGGUACUCCCGCUGAGGCUAGGCAGCUACCAUGUGUCACUUCGAAUAGGCGGUUACUACUUCCAGCUCGCAGGUGCACUGUUUUCCGUCCAGGCUGCGGCCCGUAGCCUAUACUACCUGGUAACCGGGGGUUAUCAGGCGUUGCUUGGAUCGGUGAUGCUUGUUCCGCUGUUUAUAGCGAUGAGUGCGAUCGGUUUCAGCAGUGCGUAUCGACGACUGUGUCCAGGAGAGCGCUGCCGAAGUUUGCUACUGAAACAGGGCUUCCGCUUUGGUACUGCGCUAGUUUAUUGGUCAAGCGUGUGCUGUUUGUUGUACAACGAGUACUCGAAUUGUAUCUUUGAACAGUAGUAGAAAAACUUGAAUUCUCAUGAAAAAAUUUUUGUUAUUGGAGUGAAAUUUGGCUCGGGUUUUUUCGAAGAAACAAUUAGCAUUACGGAGAUCAGACUUAAACGAAGGUUUUUCUCCGGUACAAGAAAAUAAAUAUUUAUUUUGUGGGUUUUUUAACUAAUAAU